CCUACGAGAAGAACUGAUUUCGCACGGUGAACCACCGCAAGUUUCGCUAGGCCACGUAUUCGGUGGUGAUGAUGCCGCCGUGUUCCUUCCGAGUGUCCUGGCGAACGCAACGGCCGCAAAAACGACGACCCCGGGACUACUGAGCGCACUCAGUGAAUCCGUUGCAGCCGGCUACUUGAGCGUAACGGGCGGUGUAGACCACGAGCAGCAGCAGCUCGGAUCAUCCGUGACGGAUGGCCUCACGACCGCUGCAGACUUGGGCAGCAGAAUCGGUCGAUUGGUGUUGAACGCCAGUGUCACCACCGGCCAGGGCUUUGAAGAUGAGUUCUUCAAUGGCAGUGGCAGCAGCAGCACCAGCAGCUUCAACGAGUCACUCAACGACAUGCCACAGAUUCCGGAGUACAUCCGGGCGACCUCGAUGGUGUUCUGCAUUAUCAUCAUGUGUUUGGGUGUCAUCGGAAACAUUAUGGUGCCCAUUGUCAUCCUCAAGACGAAAGACAUGCGCAACUCGACCAAUAUCUUCCUAACGAACCUAAGUAUCGCGGAUCUGCUAGUGCUGCUCGUCUGUACGCCAACGGUUCUGGUGGAAGUAAACUCACCACCCGAAGUAUGGGUACUGGGAGAGGAAAUGUGCAAAGCGGUCCCAUUUGUGGAGCUGACGGUGGCCCACGCGAGUGUCCUGACGAUCCUGGCGAUAUCCUUCGAGCGGUACUACGCCAUCUGUGAGCCACUGAAGGCCGGCUACGUGUGCACCAAGACACGGGCGUUGCUGAUCUGCCUGGCCGCGUGGACCGUGGCGGCCAUCUUGACGAGUCCCAUCUUAUUGUUUGCGGAGUACAGCUUCGAGGAGUACCCGGAUGGGAGCCGGGCCGCCGUCUGUCUGACCAAGGCGUCCAACGUGUGGACAAUCACGUUUUUCCUGAUGACCAUUUCGCUCUUCUUCCUGUUGCCACUGAUCAUCCUGAUAGUGUUGUACGCCAUAAUUGCCAAGAACCUGAUUGCGAGCAACAACUCGCGGAUGAAGAUCCGACUUAGCAAACCGGAACUAAGCUACAAGGCUCGAAAGCAGGUGGUCCUCAUGUUGGGUGCCGUCGUGCUCGCAUUCUUCACCUGUUUGCUCCCGUUUCGGAUGCUGAUGCUGUGGAUCAUCAUCGUGUCCGAAGAAACAUUCCAAAAGCUAGCCGUAGAAAAGUACUACAAUCUAUUGUAUUUUAGCCGUAUAAUGUUCUACCUCAACUCAGCCGUGAACCCGAUCCUGUACAACCUGAUGUCGUCCAAGUUCCGGAAGGGCUUCCUGCGGCUGUGCCGCUGCACACGCCUCUGGACCCGCUCUGGUCGACGCGGUGGCAAGGUACGGGGCCGAUCAGCCACGUUCACGACCACCACAAACUCUUCGUAUCUCACGAGCUCAUCGAUCCGGAAGAGCAGUGAGAAAUACACAUUAUCGUUGGACGAUUUACGCUUCCAGCAGCAGCAACAGGACCAACCACAAAGGGUCCAACCGAAUGGGCUCCUGCUGGCAGCAUCGGAUACAUCUCCCAAACCCACCCCAUCGGCCACCAACAGUGACGACGAGGAACCCUUUCAGUUAAGCCGAUUCUAUCGGAUGAACCUACUCCGGCAGUAUUCCACCCCACUGCUGACGACGGGAACCACAUCACCGACCCCGACAACGACGACGACGACGAUGACGACAGCCAUCGUCCCGACAGGGAUCAAUAACAACAAAUCAGUCGAAAGUGCGGUCAAGCGUCCCUUUAACGUGACCUUCAUGGAGACGGCCGUCGAAAAGAGCAACGGGUCCAACGAACUACGACCACUGGAUGGGAAUACCGGCAGCAGUAGCAGUAGUGGCAAUAAUAUGCUAAAUCCCUGGAAAUUGAAACUCAACCGACGGCCAGCGAUGAUGGUUCUGACCGCCAAGCAAAUGUCGUUGGAUGAAAGUUUGCUGGGUCCGAGGAAGCAGCAUCCGAAUCUGGCGAUGAUGACCAUUGUGGCUGGAGAGGGAAGCUCGAACGAUGUAUGAGAGGUUUGAAAAAUGUUAAAAUUAUGGUGGACAGACGAAUUCAAAUAUCACUGGUGGAUUGUUAAAGUCUCAAUAGAUUUGUUUGCUGUUCUACAUUGUCAAGUUGUAGUUUGUAUUUGAAUAAUUAACCAUUUUAAAUAUUUGAUGUGCCAUGAUGUUUUUCAUGAUUCAACUAGCCUCCCCUUCCCUCUAAAGUAAUCAAGGGCGGUUUCUAACUGUACGGAUAGAAAUCCUGUAAGCAAAUCCAAUAACUCUGUAUCGUCGAAUUUGACAACAUUGAAAUAUUACCAAAAUCGUCAACAUACUUUUCGAUUUUGAUUUUGAAAACAUUUGCAACGAAAUCGAAAUAAAUGUUGACGAUUUUGGAAACAAUUCAAUGUUUUUAAAUUUGACGACACAGAGUUACCGGAUUUGCUAACAGGAUUUCUAGCCGUGUACUUAGUCUAAAUAGUUACUUAAAAAAAUAAUUUGUCAUUUGUAGGUAAGGAACACUGUGAAAAAAUGUUGACAGUUUUGUGCCAGAAAAAUGUGUAAUAUUCCCUCGAAAUAUCCGUAAAUUUACAUCUUUUCAUGUGUAAAUGCACUUUUCUAUAUCGAUGCCUCUGUACUCUCUUGUACUAUGCUUGGUGGGAUUCCUAUCUAGUGAGCCCAAAGGCAUCGAAAAAGAGAUAAGGUAAGAACCUAACUGAGAAAAAUGUUAAAAACAAUCUUUUCGAUCAAAAGUGUGAUAACUUUUUUCAAUUACCACCAUUCGUUUUAUCAAGAUUUUUUCCGAUCAAAUCUUGACACGGCUGUCACUGCGAUUGCUCCCACGCUCCAUAGUAUUCAAUUUAGCUCCUAUCAAACAAAUCACAGUCAAUCAGCAUCACGUAAUCUCGCUAAGCAUUCCAUAAGACCAUCAUCACCAAACCCGAUUAUCGAUUGGCACAGCAUCCCUUUCUUAUCCAGAGGAAAAGAGAUUUCCCUUUAACAUCUCCACUUCUCUGCAGAAGCCGGGUUGCAGUGUGUGCGCGUAUUCUACUUAUUAUCAUCAUCAGGGAGUCCGUCACCCGCCACCCACAAAAGACCAAUGUCAAAGUUGAGCUGAGCUGAUCUGAGCCCAAGCUACUCUCCUCAGACAGUUGGUGGAAAUCGUUCAUUUACUGAUGGUAACAGGGCUGAUUCGAUUAUCUGGAAUCUUAGUCAUUCGGAUUUUUUUCAGCUAUCCAUUCAGAACGAUGUUAUUUUAAUACCUUGUCUAAAUGUAUGCCUAAAUAAAUUCUUGAAUUGAAAAUUUGACAUGAAACAUGAAGUAAUUGAAAGUGUCGAGAUAAUUGAGGCUACACUGUGCCAUCAAAUCGGUGAAAAUCACUCUUUCUCUUUGUGGCUCCCACAAUCGAACUGCGGCGAGACGAAACGCGUUGAGGCACUUAACAUCCAGCUGUGAAGAAAUAAUUGAAUUUCUCUGUUCUAUGACUAGUUUUUUUGUUGUAUUCCACCACAAGUUCUUCAAAGUCAGUCCAUCGUUUCCGCUCCUUGCUGCUCAAUGCUUCCUGUUUCCUUUCCUUGCAAGGGUGAAAUUAAUCUAAUUCAACCUCCUCUUGUGUACUCACUGUUGUGUGUGUGCAUAAUCUUUUGUGUGACAGGAUUGUGGUAGUAAAGAAAAACUACUCCCUCAGCUGAAGUAGCUAUUUAACUUUAUCGAUCCUAAUAAAAAAUGUGAAGAUCGAGCAUUCCUCCCAGGCCAAAACACGUUUAACUACUGGACUUGCGGUUGUUGGUUGGAUGAUAAAAAGACAAACUAUUCUACUCUUCGCCAAGUUCAGGAGCAGACAAAGUAAAGGAAAACAAACUCGAAAGUAUUAUUAAUGUUAAGAGUACACAUCAAAUUUAGAGCUUAUCACAAAUAUUUCAUUGGAACAACGCAAAUCUAUUUGUUAAUUCGAUGUAGUUCGAGUAGUAAAUUAUUAUCCACUUUAUGUGAACGUUACCAAUUACCAGCUAGCUUUAACAAAUGUAACAGUUCAUUAAUUUAUUAUGUUAAGUAUAAUUUGUUGAAAUAAAUAUAAUAUUAUGAUAUCA